UUCAAUACAUUGUAGAGGACAUGAAAUUUCAAAUUCAAAUAGGAGGAUACUACAAGAACAAUAGCAGUGAAAAUCUGAAAUUCAUCAUCACCAUGGAGAACGCGUGAACUGAAAUAAAUCAAUCCCUUGCGUGUUCGUCGGAUUGCUUGGGGGGUUUCAAUUUGUCCUAAAUUUUGCGAUUAAGAAGGUUUGGACUUUGUAACCAGCGAAGCAAGGACAUUUGUACUUUUCAUACCUAGUGGAGGCAACCAUUUUUAAGUGGAUGGGGAGCUUCAUGUCAACACAAAUUAGUUGUGAUCGACAAUAGAGAUGAACAGCCAUAUAGUUAUUGUACACGUUAUCACACAAAGGAUAGUUACCUGGGAUCUUAUGUUGGAUACAUUGUACCACUCGACGACUGUGUCAAUUAGAUAGAAAGAGUAAUUGACGGCCAGCAAGUAAUUGACGCCAGAAUUAGAGAUGCUUUGUAUAGCUUUGUAUAUUAGUUGUAAUUGGUAGAAAAUUGCUAAUUUGCCUUAUUAUUCCUAUAUAUACAAAGGAACCCCCACAAUGAGGAUUAUUGAGUCAAAAAGGAGAAAUUGAAUACCUUGACAUGGUAUCAGAGCUUCUGGAAGUGUAGGUUAAUUUCCAAUCACCAUCUUCUGCGGUGACGGGAAACUUGUUUGAGAUCCUCACAAUCCGGUCGGAAUUUGUUCAUGAAUUUCUGGGCCGAAGGAUUCCUGGUCGGGACUCUCUGUAGCGACCGACCCUUGCUUGGUUCAUCUCUGGUUGGUUGAACCUAUCGGCGUCUUCAGUGGAGGCAUGUACGUGGCUUCUGGGUUUCGCAUCUGUCGACGGGUCCGGUGGAGGAAAGACCGUUGAUCGCGUGAUUAAAGGUUUGACAUUAACCCGUGUGUGUUGGACUACUUAAUCCAUUGUUUAAUUGGGGCCUAUUCUAUAGAGUUUACUUGGGCUUGGUUUAUGAUUUUGGGGGGCUUAUUCAAUUUUGGUUCUGCUGAAUUUAUAUUGGGUCCUUUUUUCACUAGCAUAAUUAACUACGUACAGAUGUCAACCAACAUAUAUGAAACUUUCGGUGUGCACUUCACGGGUAAAAAUUAUUCUACAUAGGAAUUUCAAUUUCGAUUAUUCAUUAUGGGAAAAGAAUUAUGGGGUCACAUUGAUGAAAGUGACCCAGCUCCUACUCAGAAUAUUCAAUUGGGCCAAUGGAAAGUGAAAGAUGCUAGGGUUAUGAUAUGGAUUUUAGGAUCUGUUGAUCCUAUGAUUGUCCUAAACCUAAGACCUUAUGAGACUGCUAAAGAGAUGUGGGAGUAUUUAAAAAAGGUCUACAAUCAAGACAAUACAGCCAGACGAUUUCAAUUGGAGUAUGAAAUUGCAAAUUACACUCAGGCCAAUCUCAACAUUCAGGAUUACCUCUCUGGGUUUCAAAGCUUAUGGGGUGAAUUUGCUGACAUUAUCUAUGCUAAAGUACCAGUUGAAUCUCUUGCUGCCGUUCAAACUGUACACGAACAAAGCAAGUGAGACCAGUUUCUACUGAAGUUACGUCCAGAAUAUGAGGCAAUUCGCUCAAAUCUAAUGAAUCGUGAUUCGUCCCCUUCUUUGGAUGUUUAUUUUGGGGAGUUACUUCAUGAAGAGCAGCGUCUUACAACACAGGCCACUCUUCAACUUCAACAUCAACAUAUGACCUCAGAUGAUGUCGCUUAUGUAGCUCAUGGGAAAAACAAAGGAAGGGACGUGAGAAAGGUUCAAUGCUUCAGUUGCAAGGACUAUGGGCAUAUUGCUACUCACUGUACCAAAAAGUACUGCAAUUACUGCAAGAAGUCGGGACACAUUAUCAAAGACUGCCCUGCUCGACCUCAAAAUCGUCAGGCUAAUGCAUAUCAGGCUACUGCCAGGCCAUCGACUUCUGAGACAUCAUCUACUACUACCCAAUUUGCUCUUACUCCUGAAAUGGUGCAACAAAUGAUUGUGUCAGCUUUUGCUGUUUUGGGACUUCAAGGAUCAAGUGUCGGGGAAGAUACUAGCGAAGGGGCCUAAAAUUGGACGAUUGUUUCCAUUACAUUUUUCUAUUCCUAGUUGCUUAUCUUUGGCUUGUAUAACCGUUAACAAUAAAAGGACAUCCAAACUCCACUAUCCUGUCUUAUUUGUUAAACUCUAGUUUGUUAGGUAAUAAAAUAAUUCUUCUCAUAAUUUGUGCUUUGAUUGUUCUACAUGCAAAUUGGGAAAGAGUAAGACUCUUCCUUUUCCUUCUCACAGUAGUCGUGCCAAAAAGAGCUUUAAUAUUGUGCAUAGUGAUGUUUGGGGCGUUUCACCUGUCACCUCUCGUGCCCAGUAUAAAUAUUUCGUGACUUUUAUUGAUGAUUAUAGCCGAUACACAUGGAUCUAUUUUCUUCGUUUUAAAUAUGAAGUCCUUUCAGUUUUUCGGACAUUUGUGACAUAU